AUGGAGCUCUCAUUUGCUCCCUCAUCUUCUCCACGGUUUCCAGCUCUAACCCCUCAUUGCAAGACCUCCUCUUCUUUUCCUUCAACUUUCGUUAAGCCAACUUCCAAACCCCCCUUUGCUUCUCUCUCAAAAUGCACACAAAACUUGUACUCAAUUGGGCUCUACAGAAGCUCAAAGUCCUUACCCAACUGUCAGAAGAGGAGAAAUUCCAUCUGGGCCUGCAGUAAAGUUGAAGCUGCUGGAUCUGAUCCAGUAUUGACCAGAAUUUCAGAUUUUAAAGAUGCUUGUUGGAGAUUCCUGAGGCCCCAUACCAUACGUGGAACAGUUCUGGGUUCUACUGCUUUGGUGACUAGAGCGUUGAUUGAGAACUCCAAUUUGAUAAAGUGGUCUCUGCUGUUUAAGGCAUUCUCUGGUCUUUUUGCUCUACUAUGUGGGAAUGGUUACAUAGUUGGCAUCAACCAGAUUUACGAUAUCAAAAUUGACAAGGUAAACAAACCUUAUUUACCUAUUGCUGCAGGGGACCUUUCAGUUCAAUCAGCAUGGCUUCUGGUGGUAUUUUUUGUAGUGACUGGCCUGUUGAUUGUCGGAAUGAACUUUGGGCCAUUCAUUACUUCUCUAUAUAGUCUUGGUCUUUUCCUUGGUACCAUAUAUUCUGUUCCUCCGUUUAGAAUGAAGAGAUUUCCUGUUGCAGCAUUUCUUAUAAUUGCUACGGUACGGGGUUUCCUUCUUAAUUUUGGUGUAUAUUAUGCCACUAGAGCUGCCCUUGGGCUUCAAUUUGAGUGGAGCUCGCCCGUGGCUUUUAUCACUACCUUUGUAACAUUAUUUGCUUUGGUUAUUGCCAUAACAAAAGAUCUUCCUGAUGUAGAGGGAGACCGCAAGUUUCAGAUAUCAACAUUUGCAACAAAACUUGGAGUUAGAAAGAUUGCGUUCCUGGGUUCUGGGCUUUUGCUGCUAAACUAUGUUGGUUCUAUAUUCGCAGCUAGUUUCAUGCCUCAGGCAUUCAGGCGUAGCUUAAUGAUACCGACCCAUACAAUUUUGGCACUGAUUUUAAUUUUUCAGACUUGGGUGCUCGAGCAAGCAAAUUACACCAAGGAAGCAAUUGCCGCCUACUACAGAUUUAUUGGAAUCUCUUCUAUGCUGAGUAUAUCAUUUUUCCUUUCAUCUAGCGACUCCCUCAGCAUUUGCUGA